GACUGGCCGCGUACGCUCCGCGAGCGUAUUCCCUGGAGCCGGAUUCUCGCACCUCACGCGUGCACCCCGCGCUAAGCGUCGGUGGUCGUCACGGCAUCCCGCGGAAUUUUUUUAUUCUCUCACGCACUGCUCCUACCCGACGGCGUAUUCCGCUCGGUGAACGCCAUCUUGGCUGCGCCACCGUCGUCGCAACAUCCGUUCCGCGAACGAAUGUUCGCGAGAAAUGCACGCGAGUCCAGGAAACAGACGUCUCGCGGAUGUUCCGAUCUAACAGUAUCUCUCCGAUACCUUCGAAAACAUUCGAAAGCGUCGCCAGGAUCGGAAACGUAACAAACUCGUUGUCGCAGAGUGAUGAUGCGACUUGACGUUGAUACGCAGGAAUAUCGAACUCUCGAUGAGAAAUUCGAACUUUGACUCUUCCGGAAUCUUGUAGGAACAAAUUCGUUUGAUUUCUCUUCUGUUACGCGGGAGCAAGUUUCAAAGAUAAGAGACGCGUCCGUGGAAAAACGGUACGAUAAAAAAAAAACAAUUUUAAGGUUGGGAAAUUCGGUUGUUGCACCGAGACAGAAUCUCGUAACGUGUACGAACGCAUGCGCCGCGACGCGUGUCUCCACGUGAUCCAAAAAUCAUGCGUGCGCAAUUCGAAUCGAGAAUCGAACGCGAGAGAAGAAUCCCAGGACCGGGGAAUGGCGGGAAGAAAUGCACAGUGUCUCAUAUACUUCUAUGAAACUUAGACUUGAGAAAACUGAACGAGGUAACUGAUUGAUCAGAUGUAGUGAUGGCAGUCAGACGUAGUUCUGAUUUUGAAGAAAUGUUGGAAUGGCAUCCGGAGAUGAUACUGGUGUCAGAAUCACCUGUCACCUGGCAUGGAUUUUUGAACAUCUCUAAUUCACAAUGCGUCACACGUGAUACCCAAUGUUUCAGAGUGAGAUUGAAACUAAUAAUACCAAAUUAUCCAUCAUUUAGUAACAGCGAAGUCAGAUUUGGCAAACAAAUAGCUCUUCUGCGCAAGAAAGGAUUCAGCCAAAAGGUGAAGGAAUUGACGCAAACUGCUCAAACGGUAUCUUUAUUUUUGAGACAGCUGCAGUCUGUCAUUGUGGAAUACAUGCAAGAUGCGAACCAAAAUCAAAUAAUUGACUUUGAGUCUGUAAAUGAUCUUCUUAGGGAUUUAAAAACAGCUCUGCAGAAUUCAUCCGAUGUGAAAUUAUCGUGUGAUCAGAAUUUGAGAACCAUCAAGUUUUCUUUGAAAGACGUAUCUCUCGUAAUGCAGAGAUGUAAUAAUUCUGAAAUCCCUUGGAAAGUUGUGUCUUCCGAUUUGCCCGAUAUUCCAGCAUUUCAAGCUUUCGAAAACAAUAUAACUAAUUUGAGUGUUGCAAUGACUAAGUUUAUCUGGCAAGUAGAACUGUUGGAAAAAGCAUGGAAGCAGUUAAAUGAGAUAGACAAAAAUUGUUGGGUGGUUGAUCCGAUAAAACCAACUAAAAAUCACAUGUACAGACGUAUUCAUCUGUCCCAGUCUAUAUCUGUGACAAUCACGAUAAAUCCGUUAAAUCCCACAGCUUUGCCAGAAAUCAAGUUCUUAGGUAGUGACAACGAGGUGAAAAAACAGACGGAUAAUGUUUCACAUAAUAUUCACAACUGGAAUGAGAAUUGUAGUAUUUUAGAAAACUUAAUGAUGCUAUUAGAUAUGCAAGAAUUUCCUGCGCAGCAGGAAAUCUCUUUAAAAGACGAGAAGGCUAUUAUCGGCAGUCACGAGUGUGGUAUAUGUUUCUCCGCUGAUGAAUUGCCAGACAAAAUAUGCAAUAAUGAAAAAUGCAUGAAGCAUUUCCAUUCUACAUGUUUAUCUAAGUGGUUACAGACAAAUGCCGGGAAUCAUGUUGUCUUCGGCACUAUCCAUGGCAAAUGUCCGCAUUGUAAGGAAAAUAUAUCCUGUCCCGUCGGAUAGAUUGAAGGGCACGUGCGCUACCGUUUGAAAUCCCGCAAUAAGAUGUAUUCUCGUCUCUUCGUUUGAAUCACUGACGAUCGUUCUUAC